AACAAGGAUCGAAAGUGAAAAGAAAGAAAAACCAAUAAAGAAUUUCCUGAGUUUUUACAAAUUUUGGCUAAAGAUGCUUAUAAUUGGUUUAACUGGAGGUAUUGCAACAGGUAAGAGUACCGUAUCACAGAUGUUCAAGUCUCUUGGCUGUCCUCUGAUUGAUGCAGAUGAAAUAGCAAGAGAAGUUGUCCAGCCAAACGAAAAAUCUUGGAAGAAAAUAGUCAAACACUUUGGCCAGGAAGUUCUUCAACCAUCUGGAGAGAUAGACAGAGAGAAGCUGGGAAAGAUUAUCUUUGCAGAUCCUGCCAAAAGAAAAGUUCUCAAUGAUUCUACCCAUCCAUAUAUAUAUCGCGUAAUCCUAUGGAAACUUUUGAUGUUUUUUCUGGCAGGUGAAAGAUUUGUUAUCUUAGACCUACCACUGCUCUAUGAGACUGAAGUUGUACUGAGCAUUACCAGCCAAGUCAUAGUCGUAUACUGUGAAGAAUCUACCCAAAUUGAACGUCUAAUGCAAAGAAAUAAUUUGUCAAGAGAAGAGGCCAUUCAGAGGAUUGAAUCACAAAUGCCCUUAUCUGAGAAGUGUAAAAGAGCUACCUUUCUGGUUGAUAAUUCAGGAUCUCAAGAAGAAACAAAAGCCCAGGUUUUAAGUCUUUACGAUGAAUUCAAAUCUUCUUAUUUAUACCUUCGCUUGAGAAUACCAGCUAUAAUGAUAUGUGGGGCUCUUAAUGUUCUAAUCAUAUUCUAUACUUUACGAUGGAUUGGCAUAUUAUAGAGGCCCUUUUAGGAGUAGCCAUGUCCUCUGUCAUCCGGGAUUUGUCUUGGAAGACGGAUUCACCCACCAACCUAUCAUCAAUGUGCACAAGCACAAAUCUCUAGCACAAAGCAUGAUGAGAAACCAAGUACUACACACCACACAAAUCAAUAGAUUUGUCAGAAAAAAAUUACUCUCUUGUCUGUUGGAAAACAUCUCGUUUCAUAGAAAAUGUUGAUGAAAAAUUGUCAGACGAAUUUUUAGAGGAGCUAAAAAAAGGUGUAAGUACUCGGUUUUCCAUCAUGCUUUUUGCUAGAGAUUCAUGCUCGUGUACAUUGACUAUUGUAAAUAUUAUUUAGAAUUACAUGUCAUUACUCCAAAGCCAAUGAUGCACACCCAUUCUUUAUUUUAUUUAAGCAUAAAGACAGUGAAGAAAUACUAAACUCACACCCAUUGUGCAAUGCAAUUGUAGAGAUUGACAGAACAAAAGAAAAGAAUAGGAUAAAGAUCUUAUUAAUAACAAGUAAAUGAAUAUAAUUAUUUGCACUCAUAAAUUAAUUUUAAUUUUUUUAUUUUAAAUUUUAAACACUUUUAGUACAAUUCAUUUUUUAACCAAUAAGUAUAAAUAAAUAUUGAUAAGGAUAUUAAUUUACACAAUGUCAUAUGUACAAUUGUCAAACUGUAAAAAUUAUCAUAGUUAACUUUUAAUUACUCAAACACUCUUAGAAACUAAAAUGGAAGACUACCUAGUACACACUCUUGAAAAUAAGUAAUUUCUAUCCAUGAAGGAUAAAUUUAUCUUUGUAGAUAAAAAUUAGUUUCAAUCGAAUGACAAAUUUCUGCUGUAGCUCAGCUUUUGUUGUUCUUGAUCAUUACGAAAGAGAACUAUAAAAACAAAAGCUGCUAAAGGGAAAAGACUAAGAGAGAAUUUAAAAAUUGAAAGACAAACGGAACCUCUACCAGGGUAGAGAAAAGGUUCAAAAAUGUACAAAACUAUACAAAAUUAUAGUUAAUCAAUCUUAUUGAAAGGAUUGAAAGGGUGAACCAGAGUAACCAUUUUGGACAUCUGGGAGUCCCUUUUGAAUGGCGACAGAUUUAAAGUUGAUGGAACUUGAAGUUUUCUGGAGAAGAAAAAGCUUUAAUUAGUAAAAAAUGUUAAAUAUAAGGAAAAAUAGGAAAUAUGAUAAAGGCUUUGCACUAUCACAUGAUGGCACCUAUGACAGGACGCACAACAAUAGAGCUUUUUUCACCUUUGAAACUGAAUUCUUUCUCAACAUGUAAAUCAAAUUACACCAGAUUCAAUAGCAGUUAUUAUGGAUGCAUGCAAAUGAGAUGCAAAUGAGACAACAAGCAUUGUAUUGGCUUGAUAGCUUAACUUUUAUGAUUCUUAAAAUAAAAGAAUUUCUCAUUGCAGGCUCAACUGUAAUAACAGCUAUUGCUCCUACCUCCUCUCUUGCCUGCAAUCAUGUGAUAGUUUAAAGCCUCUAUAGACCCCUUGUAUCAAUUCCAGAUUAGCUCAAUAUGGAUGACAAAACAAAUUAAUUUUAUGUUUUGUCUUGCAAAUAGAGCUGCUCUGAGAUUAGAUGCAAGUGUUCUAUAGCCCUGAGCCAUAUGUAUUAUUAUAACAUGUUAGUUACAUGUACCUGUGUGUUCUGGCAGUAGUACAUGCUCUGGGAUGUGGUUCCUUAGAGUGUGCAGGAUGAUGAGACGAAUAGAGGGAAUGACCAGUGUAUCCAGGAAUAUUACCUCUUCUGCAAUAUAAUCAUACGAUACACCACUUCAAUAUAAUUGCAGUGGAAUCCUACACCUGCAGAUGGUGCAAGCAUAUAAAGAUGCUCUAAAAUUUAGAUGUAACAAUUUAUAAUUUUGAUGCAAAAAACGUUGAUAGAUUUUUGCAACUAAUCAAGUUGUUUUAUAACAGCUGAUAGCCUCAGUUAAGAUAAAAAUAUGUUAGGACAAGUGCAUUUUCUUUAUUUUUUUACUUUUCUCCUCUAUAUUUGUGGUGUCAUUCCUGAGGCGGCUAGCUAGCUUUGAAGUAACAGUUUUCAUUCAGAAAUUACAGUCAAACCAGCUGAUGCGUUCUUAUCAUGGUUUGAAGUUUGAUUUCCAUCUCGAUUUUAAGCUUGCAGUAAUGAAACGAAUGUUGCGAAUUUGGAUUCUGGGCUUGGUUUAAAAGUUCAUUUAGUUCCUCACAGAUUCGUGCAAAGCUAAGAUUAUUUCAACAACUGUAUACUUAUUUGUUUGGUGUGCAGUUUUGUUCAAAAAAUCCUAUCACAAUGAACAUUUUGAUAUUUUGAGGCAAAACGUAUAUUGCACUCAUUUUCUGUCAUUUUUUUACCAAAAAAAAAUAAAAUAGCAUCUCUAUAUAUUGGCAACCUUGAGCAUAUUAUUUGUACUUACUUAGAAGUGUCAGUAUAUCUUGGUUUGUGAUUCCUUACUAAUGUUAUAGCACCAAAGUCAAAAUUAGGAUGAUCUCUUUCAUGAAUCCCUGAGGUAGAUCCGCUAAACAGAUAAAGUUGGUAUCUUGAAUAUA